AUGGAUGUUGUACGCAAAGAAUCUGAAUCGUGCGAUUGUCUUCAAGGUUUUCAAUUAACUCAUGCACUUGGUGGUGGUACUGGUUCAGGAAUGCAAAUAUCAUUUAGUGUUUUUCCAUCACUCAAAGUAUCAAAAACAGUUGUUGAACCAUACAAUGCAAUGUUAUCUUCAGAACCAAUUAUCGAACAUGGGGAUGCAGCGUACUGUAUUGAUAACGAAGCUUUGUAUGAUAUUUGUUCUCGUACACUUAAAAUAAAAACACCAACCUAUGGUGAUCUUAAUCAUCUGGUUUCCGCGACAAUGUCUGGUGUAACUGCAUGUUUACGAUUUCCCGGUCAAUUGAAUGCUGAUUUGCGUAAACUGGCAGUCAAUAUGGUUCCAUUUCCACGUUUACAUUUUUUUAUGCCAGCUUUUGCUCCACUAGCAUCACGUGGUUCACAGCAAUAUCGUGCAUUGACCGUACCAGAUAUCACACGGCAAAUGUUUGAUGCGAAAAAUGCUAUGGUAGCCUGCGACCCUCGAUAUGGACGAUAUCUUACAGUCGCUGCUCUCUUUCGUGGUCGAGUAUCAAUGAGAGAAAUCGAUGAAAAAAUGUUCGAUAUACAAAAUAAAAAUUCAUCGCAUUUUGUUGAAUGGAUUCCUAAUAAUGUCAAGACCGCAGUAUGCAAUAUUCCACCACGUGGACUUCAAAUGUCAGGAACAGUUAUUGGUAAAGAAAAUAGUAAAAUUUUUGCAUACGAUUCCAAUUGCUUUGUUAUAAAAUAUCUUUAG